ACGCCCACAUGUUUUGGACAGAGCGCCCGGUUGACAGGCGUCCCCAUUAGAAUCAACACACGUCGAGCGACAUUACUUUUGCCAUCACAAAUGUAUUCGAGCGAAACUACAAGUACACCGAGGGAUUAGUUUCUACUUUUGAGAGGGCGCAAGUUUAACACAAGGUUUGGUUAAUCGGUCAGCCUAAUAAUGGUUUGGAUGGGAUAAACAACACCACCUUUUGAAAGAAUGAGUCGUAGGCUGGCACCACACAUUUGGGUGAAAUUAAGUAGAGGUUUUGUUUUGAGGCAUCUUCAUGCCUACAGGUCUGAACUGUCGUCUCUAUCUGAUACCUCUCACUACAGGAUAUAUGUGGAACAGCCUGGGAGCAACAAAUUUGACUCUCUCAGCCAAAGACGACUCUACCAUCACUCAAGGAUCAAGACUCGAAAAGAAUGGAUUUUAAGAGCUACACAGACUAAACAGAGACUACUUCACACCAGUACUCUGCAUUUUAAUACUUCUACUUCUCGCUGGUUCACUGGUUUCAACAUGUCAAGAGUCAAGAACACUCUAGGUACUGUUUCUAAAGCUGUCAGUGGGAGCCACACAGAACUACUCUCUAAAAUUGCUAGACUAAAGUCAAAAACUGCCAAAAUGGGUAAGAACACUACAGCAAUUGUGGACUCUGUUCUAAAAGUUGAGCAAAGUAAAGAAGCUCAAGUGGGCUGUCCGAAAGAAGUUUCUCAUACAGCUGGAGAGAGCAGUGUUAAACCUGUAAUAAAGUCAUCUGCCACCACUGCACCUGUUGAUACAUCUGAGAAAAACACAAAUCCUACGCGAUCUUCCAACUGUAUGCAUGUUGCCAAUAGUAAGAUAGUGCAAGAACCCAAAGAGCUCACAAGAUUAAAAUGUGUUGUCACCACUGGCAAAAAUUAUUCUGUUAAAAAAACAGAGGAAACAAAAUCUACAAGCGAUAUUCGAAACAAAAACUCAACUGAUAGUCAGUCGACCCCACUUUUCCAUCCAAGUACAUUUUCAGUCAGCCUGGAUGAAACAUACAACUACUUGGCUCAUCACAUCAACUCAUACUUUGGCAGUAAGACUAAAACCGAAGACAAAAAACAUAAUACUAAUGGUAACAGAAAUGAUAAUGCCAUUUCAGUUAUUGAUAAAACAGAUGUGACUGCUGCAGUACAAUCAACUCCACCCAAAAAGAGCAUAGGACAGUAUUUGGCCCACUCUGCGCCCUCUGUGCAGGCCUUUGUUGGCAGCUACAUAGCCCCCUUGGUCCCGAGGUUUAGGACAUCAGAAUCUAAAAGCCCUGUAGAAGAGAAGACCCCUGAUGUGACAGGAGCUAAACAGGUUGAUGCUACAAUAAGUAAAGAACAUAAAGCAGCAGAGGAGAAAACCAAGAGACUUCUGCUCCAAAGAGAAAAGAUCAUAGCCAGGGUGAGUGUUGAUAAUCGAACCCGGGCCCUGGUGCAGGCCCUCCAAAGAGCUUCAGAUGUGAGGGUGUAUAUCAGUAGAGUGGAAGACCUCAGCUACCACCUCCUUGAAUUUCCAGAAACCCGUGGGGUUGCAGUCAAGGAGAAGGUGAUUCCAUGUCUGCUCCGACUGAAACAGGCCAAUGACCCAGGCCUCCGCUCUGCUGUUCGAGAAGCCCUGGCUCUGGUGGGGUACCAUAAAGCUGUUAAAGGCCGCGGAAUAAGGAUCCUGUCUAUCGAUGGAGGAGGUUUAAGAGGAUUAGUUGCCCUUCAGACUUUGUUUAAACUGGAAGCUCUAACUGGCAAACCCAUACACAAACUCUUUGACUAUAUUUGUGGUGUCAGUACAGGUGCUGUUCUUGGAUUUUUAUUAGGUAUUUUCCAAAUACCUCUUAGUGAGUGUGAUGAUCUUUAUCGAAAGCUGGGCACAGACAUUUUCAAGCAGAAUGUUAUAGUUGGCACAGUGAAGAUGGGGUGGAGCCACGCUUUUUAUGACAGCGAGGCCUGGGAAAACCUGCUCAAAGAGAAAAUGGGCUCUAACAUCCUGGUGGAGACGGCGAGAAACCCCCAGUGCCCCAAGGUGGCAGCUGUGAGCACCAUUGUGAACAGGGGCACUCCUCUGAAGGCAUAUGUGUUCAGGAACUACAACCUGUUGCCCGGGGUGCGCUCUCAUUACCUGGGAGGCUGCCAUCACCGGCUGUGGCAGGCCAUCCGCGCUACAUCAGCUGCGCCGGGCUAUUUCCAGGAGUUUACUCUGGGCCAGGACCUCCAUCAGGACGGUGGUCUGCUCAUUAACAACCCCACUGCUCUGGCGGUGCAUGAGUCCAAGUGUUUGUGGCCGGACACGCCCCUCGAGUGUGUGGUCUCACUCGGGACGGGACGUUUCGAGAAUCCCAACAAGAACAACGUCACCUAUACCAGCCUGAGAACUAAGCUCACCAAUGUUAUCAGCAGCGCUACUGACACUGAGGAAGUCCACGCCAUGCUGGAUGCCUUCUUGCCUCCAGACACCUACUUUAGAUUCAACCCCUACCUCAGUGAAGAGAUCUCCAUGGAUGAGAACAGGCAGGAGAAGUUCAACUUGCUACAGAUAGAGUGUAUGCGUUACCUCGAAAGGAACGAGGAUAAACUUCAAAAGGUCGCUCGCAUCCUCGGCCAAGAGAAGAGCUCCAUGCAAAGGGUGUCAGAGUGGGCCAAACUCAGGGCAGACAUGUUCAAUGGGUUUCCCUAUUCGUCCAAAGCCUAAAUCACAACUAUACCUCAUAUUUAUUCAUGACGAUAUUUUUGACUUUGAGAAGUAAUGUUUUGUCAAAGUAGAACUGCUUUAUCUGAUGUAGAAUUUUAAAAUAGGGCAAGGAAUAACUAAGCUGUAGUCAUCUUUUUCACACUGUAAAUUCUUUUUAGUUUAAAUUGGGAUGCAAAUUGUGAUCGUCAGCCUAAACUAAGCUAACAAGACCUUUCUCAUAAUCUUGUUUGGUUAGUCACGUCACAGUUAUGUUGAAGACAAUGAUGAUAAAUUCAUCAUAGCAAUUUAUUUUGUUAUGAUUGGACUUCGUGUUUGCUGCUAUGAAGGUAACCACACAAUUGCAAACUACACUACACAGAUUUUUAUUGAACAUUUUGACUUUAUGUAUAAAUAUUUCAGAAAAAAUAUGUAUAUGACAUUGUGACAGCCAGUAUUUUGAAUUAAUAGACCAUAAGGCAGAUGUUGCUGUUUUACUAGAGCUGCCAUAGACUGAUAACUGUUCUUAUAUUUGUUAAUGGUCUAAUCAAGGUAAUGUAUGCACUACCCUCUGGGAGAUUUUAGCUCUGAGGACUGCACUUUUUAACUCUGCAGCUAUAUUGAUCUAUUGUGUUAUCAGGCAUCAAUUGUUAAUUUAUUGUUUGAUUAUUAUUUAACACUGUAUUUUAUUUAAAUGCACAAGUUUGAUAACAGUCUCACAUCUGUGUUUAUAUGUUAUUUGUUCAGUUCAAAGCAAAAAAAAACAACAAACAAUUGAAAUGGUUCACAUUCAAUAUGUCAUGAUAUCAAUUCCUUUCCAUCGUCACCACAGCAAAUCACCUUGCUCCUAACUAGCAUUGACUCACAUAUUGAUUUUGUAUAUGUUUAGGUCAUCAACAAUGCCAUAUUUGUUCAUCCAUGCUUGGGACUGAUUCACGCAUGACCAUCGUUCACACGUGCCCAGGGCUGUUCACCAUCAUGACAUGAUGGUUCAUGGUGUGGGUCGAGUUGAUGCUGAGAUCCUGGAAGUAAACUCACUUAUUAUCCCUUGUCAAAAUGGCUGUCUCUAACAUGGACUAAAUUUGGUUUGAAUUGAACCAUGCACAUUUUUUUAACCUGGGGGAUACCAGAGAUUCUAGGGAAUCACCAGAGCUUUGUCUGGUCAGAGGGCCAGGUCAUCAAAUGUUUUUUGUGUAAAAGAAAUGGUAAAAGCCCAUAUUUACGAUUAAAAAUUUAUAUGAACUAAAACCACUCUAAAUACAUGUAGGGAUAAUUUUUAUCCUCCUGGAUGGAGGGCCCGACAAGUCUCUGAUCAAAAGAUUGGGAAUCACUGUCCUGAAGUUUCGAUAUGUGGUUGUAAUAUGCUGUUUUAAAUGACAACAAAGUAUUUGAGUUCACAGACAUUUUAAACCUUUUAUUUGCCAUUAUUAUUUGAUUCUUAUGUAUUUUCCCCUCAGGCCACUACAUUUCUGCUCUUGAUCACUGUGCCCUCUUCCUCUUUUGAUACAUGGCUCUGAAAAAGCCUUUUAUUUCUCCCUAUUGUACCUGGAGGUGCCCACUCUUUCAUUUUCUAUAGACCAAGUGCCAUUCAAGCGGCACUCCUCUGAAGGGCUGGUUCACUCACAGAUUGCUGCUUAUUGAUUUACCAUAGUUCAAAUAGGCGCAUGCUUUUAGUUUUGUUUUGUUUUGUUUUUUUGCACUGCAGAUGUUUAUGUCUCCAACCAGGUCAAUAUAAAUGUGUGUUCCAAGAGCUCCACUGUUUUUCCUAUGGCCUUUUGAAAACUAUUUAAUUAAAACCCAUCAUGUCAUAUC